AUAAAUUCUCGAAGCUCUCAAUGUUUCAAUGUAUAUGUUUCAGUUAUACGGAUUCACCGAGGGAGAGAAAGUGAUCGGAUGGGAGGAUUGCUGGCGAAUAAACGCUGGGGAGAGUGAUAAUUUGAUCUUUCCCGGCGACGAAUGAAGAGGCGAGGAGGGAAGAGUACGGGUGGAGGAGUCGGAAACAGAGCUAUCUCGUCGGAGUGUACGGACAAGAUGUCGACGAAGGGAAGAUCUGGCAGGCGAUUGGUGAAGUACGAUGAAUUGCCGGAGUAUUUGAAAGAUAACGAGUUCAUAUUGGAUUAUUAUAGAUGCGAAUGGCCGUUGAAGGAUGUCAUCGGAAGCGUAGUAUGUUGGCACAAUGAAACCCUAAAUAUCUGGACGCAUUUGGUAGGUUUCUUCAUAUUUUUGUCAUUGACGAUUUGGAGCUUAUUGACCAAGGACAAGGUGGAAUCAUUGAUCGCGAGCUUCUUCCUCUCCAGUACUCACGGAAUCCGAGAACCGACCAUGACGACUGCGAUGAUGACGAAAGCCAAUGCCACCGUCGCUUCUAUGUUAAUACCGGAAUCAUCACUCCUAGGAGAAAUUCUAAAACCAUCAAUCAUAUUAAUCAACAACCCAGAAAACCCAAACCCUAAAUGGCCAUGGUUCAUCUUCCUAACCGGAGCCAUGUCCUGUCUGAUCUGCAGCUCCAUCUCUCACCUCUUCGCGUGCCACUCAAAAACCUUUAACCUCUUCUUCUGGCGCCUCGACUACGCCGGAAUCUCCCUCAUGAUAGUCUCCUCCUUCUUCGCCCCAAUCUACUACGCCUUCACCUGCCACCCAUUCUCCCGCCUCUUCUACCUCUCCUCCAUCACCACCCUCGGCCUCCUUGCCAUCUUCACCCUCCUCUCCCCCGCCCUCUCCGCACCCCGCUACCGCUCCUUCCGUGCCACCCUCUUCCUCGUCAUGGGCUUCUCCGGCGUUAUUCCCGCCUCCCACGCCGUGUACCUCCAUUGGGAUGACCACAAAAUAGUGGUGGCUCUUGUUUAUGAGGUUGUGAUGGCGGUUUGUUACUCUGUGGGUGCGAUGUUUUAUGUUAAGAGGAUACCGGAGAGAUGGAAGCCAGGUAUGUUUGAUAUUGCGGGCCAUAGUCAUCAGAUUUUUCAUGUUUUUGUUGUGGCGGGUGCUCUAGCGCACGCUGCCGCAACGCUCGUGAUCAUGAACUUGCAGCAGGUUUCGCCAGCACUAUGUGCUGGCGGAGCAACAUGGAUGUAGGGUUAGGAUUGUUGUGACUUUGUUUUUCCAAAUUUUGGGAAAUAUGUAUGUGUGAGAUAUUUAAUAUUAGAAAUUAGGGUUUAUGAUGAAUUAUUGUUUGGAUUAUUUGUACCACUUUGAUAAAUGAAACAAGCA